CUGAUUACACAUUGUCUUCAUUUUGCAAGAGCAAUGAGAAGUGUAUGUCAGUGAAAGAUACAGCUUUGAAGAAGGGAAAACUUGCCUUUGUCAUUGUCGUGGGUGGUUGUAGCUCUUCUGCAGGUUUCUUCAUCUUCAGAGGGUGCUUGGACCGGUGGGGCCGCCAUGCCUUCUUACACAGUGACUGUUUCCACAGGGAGCCAGUGGUUCGCAGGGACGGAUGAUUAUAUCUACAUUACUCUGGUGGGCACGGAGGGAUGCAGCGAGAGAACGCUGCUGGACAAAGCUCUGUACAAUGACUUUGAGAGGGGGGCGGUGGACUCUUAUGACGUCAGGGUCGGGGAGAACCUGGGAGAGAUUUUGUUGGUGAAGAUUGAGAAGAAGAAGUACUGGGUGCAUGAUGACUGGUACUGCAAGUACAUCACAGUCAAGACCCCGUCUGGAGACUACCUGGAGUUCCCCUGCUUCCGCUGGCUGGUGGAUGACAAGGAAGUGGUGCUUCGGGAUGGAAGAGCACAUCUGCCUCAGAAUGAUAAGACCAGCCUAGUCAAGCAGCACAGACAAAAAGAGCUGGACAUGAGGAGGAAAACCUACAAGCAAGUUCACUCUGCACAUGCAGUGUGUGUGGUUGUGUGUUACAGAAGGCUGAGGCGGCUCACUAACAACUCUGCUGUCCUCUGCAGAUGGAAGGAGUGGCAGCCAGGCUUUCCUAUGAGCAUAGAUGUUGACAGACACAAGGAUUUGCCCCGGGACAACCAGUUUGACAGUGAGAAGGGAGUGGACUUCGUACUGAACUACAGUAAGGCAAUAGAGAACCUGUUUGUGAACCAGUUCAUGCACAUGUUCCAGUCCUCCUGGAGUGAUUUCGCUGACUUUGAGAAGAUCUUUGUGAGAAUCAAAAACACAAUCUCAGAGUAUGUGAUGCAACACUGGAAGGAGGACUUCAUGUUUGGGUACCAAUUUCUAAACGGCUGCAACCCCGUAAUGAUCCAAAAGUGCACCAAACUUCCUGACAAGUUUCCUGUCACUGAUGAGAUGGUUUCUGUCUGCCUGGAGAGGGAGCUGACUCUGGAGGAGGAAAUAGAGGCAGGUAACAUCUACAUAGUGGACUACGAGGUGUUGGAAGGCAUCAGUCCUAACCGCACAGAUCCGUGCACGCUGCAGUACCUGGCAGCUCCGAUCUGUCUGCUCUACAAGAACGCUCAGAACAAGAUCCUGCCCAUAGCCAUACAGCUUGGGCAGACUCCAGGGAAAGACCACCCGAUCUUCCUGCCCACUGAUGGUCAGCACGACUGGCUGCUGGCUAAGAUCUGGGUCCGCUCAGCAGACUUCCAGUACCACCAGACCAUCACACACCUGCUCAGGACUCAUCUGAUAACAGAGGUGUUUGCUGUUGCCGUGCACAGGCAGCUCCCUGCUGUUCACCCUGUGUAUAAGCUACUUAUGCCACACAUUCGUUUUACCAUGGCUAUCAACACCAAGGCCAGAGAGCAGCUCAUCUGUGAGUGCGGCAUCUUUGACAAGGCAAACGCAACAGGUGGAGGCGGUCACGUCCAGAUGAUUCAAAAGGCCAUGAAGUCUCUGACUUUCAGGUCUCUGUGCUUCCCGGAUAUUAUCAAGGCCCGCGGUGUGGACGACAAGAAGGAGCUGCCCACCUACUUCUACAGAGACGACGGCUACAAGGUGUGGGAGGCCACCAAGAGUUUUGUGUCUGAUGUGGUGCAUAUUUACUACACCAGCGAUGAGACGGUGCAGGAAGAUGAAGAAAUCCAGGCCUUCAUUAAAGAUGUGUGCAGCUUCGGUAUGCAGGACUUCGAUAACUGUGAAUUUCCCAAGUCCCUGAAAUCACGUGAGGAGCUGACAGAGUAUCUGACCGUCAUUGUGUUCACUGCUUCGGCCCAGCAUGCAGCGGUCAACUUUGGACAGUAUGACUGGUGUUCCUGGAUCCCCAACGCUCCAUCUACCAUGAGAAGGCCCCCGCCCAACCGGAAGGGCCUGGCAAAUGUGAACUUGAUCAUCGAGAGCCUUCCUGAUCGCGGACGUUCCAGCUGGCACCUGGGGGCCGUCUGGGCCCUCAGCCAGUACCAGGAGGGAGAGCUGUACCUGGGCAUGUAUCCUGAUGAGCACUUCAUCGAGAAGCCAGUGAAGGCGGCCAUGGAGACGUUCAGGAAGCAGCUGGCAGAGAUAAGCAGCUCCAUCAAGAGGAGGAACGACGGAAAGAAGCUGCCGUACUACAACAUGUCCCCCGACAAAAUCCCAAACAGUGUCGCUGUUUGAGGAAUAAAAUCAUGCGUCUGCGAAAUAUUUUGCCAAUAGCACAUUGAAGUUCUGCUGAUAUCACUGAGAUGUUAAAAAAACUCUGUCACCCGAGUGUGUUCCUGUGAUACUUCUGUAUAUUACAAUGUGCUGACAAAAAAAAAAAAAAAAAAGCCUCAAAUUUA